CUCGCACUCGAAAGCCAUCAAACCGCUGAGACAGCAAUCUACUUCGAACCACAGUAGCCUCAUUCUACUUACUUUACAUACUUUGAAUCCCCAUAAAUGAACAAUCCUCCACUAUGAAAGUAGCUGCAGAGCUCCCCCUCCGUAUCCUUACCCAUAACAUCCGGUAUGCAACCUCAUCUCCUUUCCAGGGCGAGCGACCCUGGGCCGAUCGAAAGCAGCUGCUCCUGAACGAGCUACUGUAUAAUACACGCCAUCAAAACGCCUUCAUAUGCCUACAAGAGGUUCUGCAUAACCAGCUGGUGGACAUACACGCGGGGCUGAACCCACCCUCUCCCUCCCCCACCAGCCAGACCUGGGAUUACAUCGGAGUUGGCAGAGACGAUGGCCGCGAAGCAGGCGAGUAUUCUCCGAUCUUCUAUCAGCCCGCAAUCUGGGAGCUCCGAGACUGGCAGACUGUCUGGCUAUCCGAGACCCCCGAUGUGCCCUCGAAGAGCUGGGAUGCCGCCUCGACCCGCAUCGUCACGGUGGGCGUCUUCACCCAUCGCGCGAGCCGCCGCACCGUGCUGGCAUUGAACACCCAUCUCGACGAUCAGGGAUCCCGGUCCCGGUUCGAGGCCGCCCAUAUCAUCCUGGCGAAGAUCGAGGAGUAUCGGGCGAAGGCGACGUCCGCAGGUGGCGGCGGCAACAGCAGCAGCAGCAACAUCUCGGGGGUAUUCCUUGCAGGCGACUUCAACAGUCAGGAGGAUCAGGAGGCCUAUACCGUGUUGACAGCGCCGGAGUCACCCUUGGCCGACGCGGCCAAGUUGGUGACACCCACGGAGCAUUACGGCCACUAUCUGACGUGGACCGGGUUUGGCCAUGAAGGGCAGCCUCCCACUCGCAUUGACUACAUCCUACUGGAGUCCACGGCGGACAAGGUUUUCAGCCACGGUCGCCAGCCGUGGAUAGUCGAGGGGUAUGCCGUUCUGGAAAAUCGGUUCGAAGAUGGGGUCUUCAACUCGGACCACCGGGCAGUGGUGAUUGAUGUGCUCUUAAGCCAGUAAGAUGACGGAGAAGAUUUGAUAAUUGCAACAAUUUCUGGACAUAACCACCGACGAGUUAACAUCUGCAAAACAUGAAGACCGUCCAUACGGUACGGUAACCUUUCGUAUGCUUGGC